AUGGGUAUGAAGAAGAAGAAAGAAAUGCAAGUUGCUGCAUUGACCAUUUGUCAUCGGGACCUUGAAACUUUGAGAUCUUUCGCUGAUGUGGAAGGGAAAAAUCUAGCUGCUUUGCUAUUACGUUGUGUACAACUCACGGAUGGAGUGUCACAGAUCCAUUAUGUUAAGCAGAUCGUGCCUUUACUGGAGAAGAUAGAUAAAAAUGGCUCGUGUGAUCCCACUAUUAAAAGUUGUUUGGAUAUUUUAGCAGGCAUUUAUCUUUCUUUGAAUCUAAAGAAUCCCUUGAAGAAAGUAUUGGCAAGCUCACUAAAUGGCCUACCUGAAUUUUUUCUAACUGAGGCUGUACACAGUUUUACUUCUCGUCUUCAGGAAGAAUUGGAUACUACUGAUUUAUAUUCUUACAGGAAAGUAAUCGACAAUAUAUCUUCCUGUAUGGAGAACUUUAACUUGGGUACAGCAAGUGUUAAUAAUCUGCUUAAAAAUGUGCUUCAUUUUCUGCAGAAGAGUUUAAUUGAAAUCUGGGAAGAAAAUAGAAAAUCUGCCGGAAAUCACAUUGUUCAGACACAGUUGAUGAAUGACUUGUUGAUAGGCAUUAGAGUUUCAGUGAUGUUAGUUCAAAAAGUACAAGUUUUCAAGGGAAAUCUUUGGAAGGCUUUCAGUUCACCCAUAUGGCAAAGUAUGUGUGGAUUGCUAAGUAUUUUUACCAAGUUUUUAAGUGAUGAUGACUUGUUACAGACCAUUCAGAGUACUUCUGGAUUAGCUGUUACUCUUUUCAUUAAGACUAUGUUUCAUCCAUCUGAAAAGAUUCCUGAUUUGAUUAGCAGUUUGCUUCUUCGUUCAGUGGAGUGCACCAGCAUCCCUGGGUGGUUUAUGAACAGCUGCAGGAACCUUUGUUGUGCUGAUGUCUCUAGGUCAGCUCUCUUAUUCCUGUGUCAGGGGACACUUGCCAUGUUGGACUGGCAGAAUGGAAGCAUGGGCCUGAGUGGGGAGGCCCUGCUCUUGGAUAUAGCACAUGUAUUGUUCACCUUGAGUUCACAGAUUAAGGAAUCAACGCUGGAAAUGUUUCUUUCUAGAAUCUUGGCAUCUUGGACUACUUUAGCUGUACAUCUCCUUGAAUCAAGUUCCCCAAACCUGAAGGACAGUCUGAAUGGGAAUUCAAGUAUAGUUGGGAAACUUUUGGAAUAUGUCUAUACCCACUGGGAACAUCCAUUGGAUGCUCUGAGGCACCAAACUAAAAACAUAUUUAAAAAUCUUCUCCAAAUGCACCGGCUUACUACAGAAGGAGCAGAUUCAGUCACCGAUCCUUUCUUUUUAGAAUUGACUAAGCGUCUUCUGCAAUUGGAAUGGCAUAUUAAAGGGAAGUACACAUGCCUUGAUUGUUUGGUAGAGUGUCUAGGAAUUGAACAUAUUUUGGCAGUAGAUAAAACUAUUCCAUCUCAAAUCUUAGCAGUGAUGGGGGACCAGUCAUUGGUACCUUAUGCAAGUGACCUUUUGGAAACCAUGUUUAAAAAUCAUAAGAGUCAUUUGAAAUCUCAGACUGUUGAUAAUACUUGGAUUCACAAGUGGCACGAGACUUGGGUUUCUCCUCUCCUUUUUAUACUAUGUGAAGGAAACCUGGAUCAAAAAUCUUACGUGAUUGAUUAUUACUUGCCAAAAUUAUUGAAUUAUAGCCCUGAAAGUUUAAGGUACAUGGUAAACGUUCUUCAGACUUCAAUUGAUGCCAAAACUGGACAAGAACAAUCAUUUCUAUCCUUAGAGUCUUGUAAUAGCAGAGGGGCUCUGGGAGCUUUGAUGGCAUGUCUACGAAUAGCUAGAGCUCGCGGACAUCUUCAGUCUGCAGCUGAUACCUGGGAAAACCUUGUGUCUAGUGCAAGAAUAAAGCAAGGCUUAAUUCAUCAGCACUGCCAGGUACGGAUAGAUACAUUAGGCUUGAUUUGUGAAAGUAAUCGAAGCACAGAAAUUGUUUCCACAGAAGAAAUGCAGUGGAUUCAGUUCUUUAUCACAUACAAUCUUAACAGCCAGUCUCCAGGAGUGCGGCAACAGAUUUGUUCUCUUCUUAAAAAGUUGUUUUGUAGGAUACAGGAAAGUUCUCAGGUACUUUAUAAAUUGGAGCAGAGUAAAUCUAAACAUGAACCAGAGAGUGAGUUAACCAAACAGCACCCUUGUGUUUCUUUACAGCAAUAUAAGAAUUUCAUGUCAUCUGUUUGCAGCAGUCUUUUUGAAGCAUUGUUUCCUGGAUCUUCCUACCCAACUAGAUUUUCAGCUUUAACCAUUUUAAACUCAAUAGCUGACAUUUUUCCUGUCCUAGAGGGUAGAGGCCAAACAGUGUAUCAGCUGAGUCAUGAUGUUGACAUUCGUCGUUUCCAGACACUAAUGGAAUGUUUUACCAGCACUUUCGAAGAAGUGAAAAUUUUAGCAUUUGAUCUUUUGAUGAAGUUAUCAAAAACAGCUAUACAAUUUAAGUUGAAUCAGAACAUUAUUGAGCAAUCAAACUCUGACUUCCAGAAUGGAAAACAUGGAGCUUGUCAACUAUGGAUUAUCAAAUGCCUGAUAGAAAAUCUUGAGGAAGAAGUAACUCAGGCUGAAAAUUCUCUGCUGCAGGCAGCAGCAUUAUUUCCAAUGUAUGGGCGAGUUCACUGUAUAACAGGAGCUUUGCAGAAGUUAUCUCUAAACAGCCUGCAGUUGGUGAGUGAGUGGAGACCAGUGGUGGAGAAGCUCCUUUUGCUGUCCUACAGGCUUUCUGCCGUGGUGUCUCCAGUCAUUCAGAGUUCCUCCCCUGAAGGCCUCAUCCCAAUGGACACUGAUUCAGAGUCAGCAAGCCGCUUACAGAUGAUUCUAAAUGAGAUUCAGCCACGAGAUACUAAUGAUUACUUCAACCAAACCAAAAUCUUGAAAGAAUGUGAUAACUUUGAUUUGGAGGACUUGAAUGCCAGUGUGUCCAGUAUUGAUAUUUCUGCAGAAGUCAAAGGUAAAGAAGGAAAAACAUGUGAUGUAACUGCUCAGAUGGUGCUGGUAUGUUGUUGGAGAAGUAUGAAGGAAGUUGCUUUACUUUUAGGCACGCUGUGCCAGCUUCUACCCAUGCAGUCUGUGCCAGAAUCUUCUGAUGGAUUAUUAACUGUGGAGCAGGUAAAAGAAAUAGGAGAUUACUUUAAACAACAUCUUUUACAGUCCAGACACAGAGGAGCAUUUGAACUGGCUUAUACUGGUUUUGUGAAACUCACUGAAAUACUGAACAGGUGCCCUAAUGUGAGUCUGCAAAAACUGCCAGAACAAUGGUUAUGGAAUGUUUUAGAGGAAAUUAAAUGCAGUGAUCCUUCAUCUAAACUCUGUGCUACAAGGCGCAGUGCUGGAAUUCCUUUCUACAUACAGGCACUGUUGGCAUCUGAACCAAAGAAAGGCAAAAUGGAUUUGUUGAAAAUAACAAUGAAAGAGUUAAUCUCUUUGGCUGGGCCUACAGAUGACUCUCAGAGCAUUGUCCCCCAGGUUCAUGCUCUAAAUAUUCUUAGAGCCUUGUUCAGAGAUGCACGUCUGGGAGAAAAUAUUAUUCCUUAUGUUGCUGAUGGAGCUAAGGCUACAAUUCUAGGCUUUACAUCACCUGUCUGGGCAGUGAGAAAUUCAUCCACACUUCUCUUUAGUGCCUUAAUCACAAGAAUCUUUGGAGUUAAAAGGGGAAAAGAUGAACUUUCCAAAACAAAUAGAAUGACGGGAAGAGAGUUUUUCUCUCGUUUCCCAGAACUGUAUCCCUUUCUUCUCAAACAGUUGGAAGCUGUAGCCAGUACACUGGACAGUGAUGUGGGAGAUCCAAGUCAUCAUCCAAACAUGUUUCUCUUACUUUUGGUGUUGGAGAGGCUCUACCCUUCCCCAAUGGAUGGCACUUCUUCUGCCCUCAGCAUGGCACCUUUUGUUCCCUUCAUUAUGAGGUAG